AAUACUAAUAAUACGUAGUAUUUUUAGUACUACUAUUGUAUUUAUUGUAAUAAUAGUGAGUAAAAAUGGCUGAUUCUGGUGCGAGUUGGAAUCGUAGUUCUGGUGUAGGCUCUGUAGAUCCUAAUGAAAAGCUUUUUCUUUUCGGGUAUUCUUGUAAAAUAUUUCGGGAUGAUGAGAAAGCAACUUAUAUUGACCAAGGAAAGCAUUUGAUACCUUGGAUGGGUGAUAAGUCUGUUAUGAUCGACCGGUAUGAUGUGCGAGGCUAUCUUCAUGAUCUCAAACACUAUGAAUCCAAAUCUGAGGAAUAUGAAGAUUCAUUUGCUGAAGAAGAAAAAAUGUGUGAUGAAGAAAGAUAUAGAUCAUUAAGAUCAGAUAUGUCUGAAGAACAAUUGUACCAAGAGGAGGAGUUAAAGCGGUUACGUGCAGCUAUAGCUGGUGAUGGAGCUUAUCAUGAAAUAGCAUUCUCUUAUGACAGUGCUGAGGCUGAACAAAGUGCUGAACCAGAGGCUGUUAAAGUUGAGGAGCCAGAGGAUGUACUCUAUCAAGUUCCUGAGGGACUUUCAAUACCAAAAGGAAUGGAAGUGCCAUAUACUAUGAAAAUCCAUGCAAUCAUUGAAAAGACAGCUCUAUUUGUAAGUGAGCAAGGAGGUCAAAUGGAAAUAAUUAUAAAAAUGAAGCAGCAGGGGAAUCCUCAGUUUGCUUUUAUGCAUCUGGAUAAUCCUUUAUAUCCAUAUUACAAGCAUCUUGUGAACGUUAUAAAGUCUGGCACUUACAAACCUGCUCCAGCAAGGAAAGUCAGUCGCAGUGAAGAUGAAGAUGAUGAUGGUCAUUACUUACAUCCUAGUCUGAUGUCAGGACGACAAGAGCCUGUACCAAAAUUCACGGUUCCUACUAUCAAUUUCCGUCGUAGCUACGAUGAUAGUUAUUCAGUAUUAGUCAGAAAUUUACAACAGCAUAGAAAAGAAGAAGCAGCUUCCCCUGCACCAGAAUUGGAACAGAAUUCAAAUGAAGGUUCUGAAAAUACUUCUUCAACAAGUGAUGAAGAAAAUAACGAGCUUAAAAAUAGUGAACCUUCCUUUGUUCCACAGAUUAUUCCUCCUCCACCUGAUAUUCAGCCUAUCAUAGAUAAAAUGGCUGAAUAUGUUGGCAAAAAUGGAGAAGAUUUUGAGACCAUAGUUAAGAGUAAAAAGGAUAAACGAUUUGAUUUCUUACACUCCUGGCAUGAAUAUCAUAAUUAUUACAUCUACAAAAGAAACCUUAUUAAAACAACAGUGAAGUCUCAGAGUUCCCCAGUUUCUGAAAAUGCUACUAAUGAUGGUAAAAUCCAAAACAUUCCUUAUCAAUGCCAACCAAAACCUAUAGUACAAGAGAGUGGACCUGUCCUUUAUAAAAAUGGUCAGGCCAUCAACAAACAACCUAAACAAAGUACAAAGCCAAAUGAACCAACUAACGUUGCUAUAGUACCUGCAAAAGUCGAACAUGAUGCUUUUCAUUCUCAAGAUUCCCAAAAUACUGUCUUGGAACCCCAGUCAAAGUCUAUAGAAGGUCCAAAAGAUGACACAUCUAAUUCUAUGGAUUUCUCAGAUUCUCCAAAAAUUGACAAGAGCUCUGAGGAAGAACCUAAAACUAAACCUCCUAAAGCAUUAAAAGGUCCAAUAAGUUUUUCCUUAAAAUCCAAAGAAACUGAUACGCCUAAUGAAAAGGCAAAAUUGACUCCACUAUUAAUGGAUGAUUCUGAGGAUGAAAGCUCUGAAGAGAACAAAACAGAAAAAGAUACAUCAGUUAAAAGAAGAAAAUCAGUUGAUGAUUCUAAUCAAGUAAAUAUUACAAAGACUACUUCAACUGAUUUAGAGGUCAAAACUCCUAAACAGAAUAGUGAAAUUUUAGAAGCUAAGCAAGCUGAAGAGCGUAUUAAAGAUAAAUUAGUCAGUGCUGCUAGAGAACGACUUGCUCAACAAAGAAAGGAAAAACAGAUGCAACUCGAACAGCAAAAAAGAGAAGAGCAACUCAAAAAGGAGAAACAGCAGAUGCUAGAUCAACAAAGGAAAGAAAAACAGUUACAGGUGGAAAGAAGACGCAAAGCUGAAUUGUUUUUGAAAAUGCUGAAAAAGAAGAAUCCUGAUUCUACAGCUGUUGUAUCCCACAUUCUUGCAAGCGAUAAAGCUUCAUCAAGUAGCAAGCCUUCAGAUUUCUGGAGUUUACCUGAUACUUCUACUAUUGCUCCCCCUACAGAUGGCGGCAUUCUGUUUCAUGGAUCCAAAGUGUUAUUAACAUCUACUGGUGUAUCUACAUUAAAAUCAGAGUGCUCUUCUGAUACUGUGUCUGAACAUUCAGGUGAAGAAGAACCAAUUUCUGUAAUAGGGGAGAAAUUAAGUAGUGAAGAACCCGAAGCACCACCGGAAGAAACUGUUGUUCCUAAACCAGAAAAAAAGAAGAAGAAACGAAAACAUUCUUCUCGUUCUAGAAGUAGGGAGCAUUCCCGAUCUAAAAGAUCCAAAACACCUCGUCGUUCUAAGGAAAAAAAGCGAUCUCGAUCACAUUCUCGGAAGCAAGAAAAGAAAAAGGAGAAACAAUUGCCUGCAGCAUAUGCACUUUCAGCACGCUCCAGAAGUAGAUCAAGGUCACCAAGACGCUACAGACCAUCUUUCAAUCAUUGGAAUAGGAGAAGAUGAUAAAUUAUUUUUGUAUAAAUGAUCAUUGGUUUGUAGAAACUGAUUGUAAAAUAUUGCACUGUAAAUAAAGUUUUUAUUUUUUAUUGUUUCA